GGUCUGUCUAAAGUAAGAAGAAUGAAGCUGUCUUUGGAUGCCGGUCUUUUCACCGUUCCUCUCCCUCGCGAUUACAGAGACGUGCACGUCGUCGCUUCAGUGCUCAAGUCAUACCUUCGUGAACUACCCGAGCCGCUUCUAACGUACCGUCUUUACGAAAAUUUUAUCAACGCAUCGCGCCAACCCUCUGAACAAACACGCUUGAACUCCGUCUGGGACGCUAUCCAUCUACUCCCACCUGCUAAUUACCAAAACCUUAGGUAUCUCAUUAAAUUUUUGUCUGCUUUGACUCAAAAUCAAGGCACAAACAAAAUGACACCAUCAAAUUUAGCUAUAGUUAUUGCCCCUAAUCUCCUGUGGGCGGCUGACGAAACCACUCUAGAUAUGUACAUCACGAGCGCAGUCAACUGCGUCGUAGAGUUACUCAUCAAGCACGCCGACUGGUUCUUCAAAGACGAAAUAAACUUCUUCAACACAUUCACCAAAGAGGACUUACUACCAGAUCAAUGCGAAUACGGUUUCACUCCAAACUUCGUUCAUGGCUAUAAUCAAACGGCUGCACUGGGCCAGGAACAGUCCAAUGGAGAUUACAGCUCAAUGAGCAAGUCCAUGUUCGAUUAUAAUCAUCAAUCUACGCAGCAGAAAAACAGCGCAGACGGACCGGGCCGUCACUCCCGAAGCAACAGUCAUGACACUAGUUUAAUAUUAUUAGAUAGCGAUAUAAAGAAAGCUCAAUCAAACAGUUCCCUAUCCGAUCAAUCUAGUCCACCGCACGGAAGUCCAAAACCUAUAAUGAGGCGGAAAAACAAAGCGCCAGUGCCACCCAACUUUACUCCCGACAAGAAUAAACAGAAAGCGGAGGCUCAAACCCAAGUAACCGACGCUGCGAAGGAGCAACAAGUUCCCGCCAAGGUCGAGAACGAAAAACCAGCUAAACCACCGCGUCCUGUUAUUUCGGACACGGGCAAAGUCAUUACGGGAGUACAAACGAUCAACCGUUCUACGUAUCGCCAGAGCAAGGCGCUUAAAGAAGAAGCAGCGAAAAGUGCCAGCCGCGAAAACUUAAACGAUAUCCGCCGACAGAGUUUAGAGUUUGAGAAGGAUAAAUUCGACAGUUUAAAACCUAUCGAGAGUAGAAGCGAUAAGGAAUCAACAUUGAUCGUAAAAAACGUCACGGCGACAACAGGAAUAGUCGGCAGAAUGAAAGUAAUCGGUGACGUAUCGAGCGGUCCCGCUUCGCUUGGAGCGGAAACUAAGCUAGCACCGAGGAUACAGAUAACAACAAAACCGACGGGACAGCCGCCGCCUCGGCCUGUUGCGGCGCCCAGAACCAUCGUACCGCCAACAACAUCGUCGGUAGUACCGGUUGAGAACGAAUCCGGCGAAGUACAAUUACGACACAAGCCGGCCGUUCCGGAGCGUCCGGCGACGUUGCGUCCUCAGAGCUUCCGCGCGCGUACCUCUGCUGACAAUACAGACCUCGCACCAACGGUACUAGAACGCACGCACAUAUAUACGGUCGAUAAACAGCAUCCAACUGUCAUCCAAGUAGGCGGAAACGCGGACACGGAGGAAACGCCUAGGACCACAGUACAACGUACCCACAGUUCUGGUGGGAAGGACGCGGAGUUAGAGGAGCCCAAGAGUCUAAGCAGUGCCAGUCGUCAGUUGUCGCAAUCGGAAGGCAGUAUAACGGAGACGCCUGUAUCACCACGAGCGCGACCACCACGGCCGAUGGUACCAGCGCCACCGCCACCGGUACCGCCCCCGCAACACGAAAGUACCGACCUCUAGUCCUGCCCGUCCUAUAUUUUUAUAAAAAGUCGUGAUCAUGCUUAGGAAAGCAUUUGUGGCGUAAAUAGUGUAGGAAAAGAAUCAAUGAUGGUCUUUUGGGAUCAUCUUAUAUGCAACCUUGGCGGCGGAGAUAAGGUCCCAUAGUGUGUAAAAUUUCAAUGGCCAGUAAUAACACGGGGAUGCAUUCAAGUCUUGGAAACAAACAUGUAUUUUUCAUAUUAGGACAGCGAUGAAUGUACACACUAACCGGAUUGUUAGCGUAUGUACUCGUCAUUGUUUAUUGGGAUCUGCGCUUCAAGUCAUUUACUAAACGGAAGGGUAAACUAGUAUUCCCGUAAAACUUCCUUCCCAAGUCAGGUCAUUAUCUUUGAUUUUAUAAUUAACAAUCAAAGCUUCUGUAGACAAUGCAAGUUAAACUGCGAUUCUCCUAAACUAUUUAUAUUACAAGUCUAAGUUAGCUUUAAUACUAAGUGAAUGCGCAUGACUAAUUUUAUACGCAAGAGAGCGCAAUAAUGUUGAUAACAAAUUAAAAAUGUUGACAGUAGCAUUUUACGUGUAAGUAAACGAUUUUUAAAAUCGCAGACUGAUGCCCUCUAUUUACAAAUAAAAUAUAGGAAUCGGCUGAUUUUUCAAGUAUUAGUAGUGCAAGUAGAAAGAAACCUUAAUGCAUCAUAUAUUUUUUGCAUUGGUCAAUUAUUUUUUUAUUCCAUAUUUAUUAAAGGUGUACUUUUUCAUAGAAUAUGUAUCUUCAGUAAUAACGAGAUAUAUUUAUUCAUUGUAAUUAAUUGCAAGAUAUAAUUGCGAAAAAGACAUAUCACUUGCUACAAACAAUGCUUGCUAUAACAAUAUGUUGUGCUUUGUGUAUGAGUUUUUGUACAAUAUAAUGUUACGGAUAAAUCUUUGUGAUAUUAGGGAGAUUGUUUACAUAAGUCCGCCGGACAAUGCACAAAAACGUAACGAGUUGUAUUAUGAGUAGCCAUAUUUUUACGAUAUUUACGACUUGACAGUGCAUUAAUUAGUUGUAUUUUAGCCACGCUAUUUCAGUGAAUAUUACUCUAGGCUAAACUAUGUUAUGUAGUAUUUACGACGAUUAUGUGAUACGCAUUUUAUUCAUUAUAUACUGCAAGUAUACAAGCUUCUGUUGUAAGUAAUAAUAAUAAUACUAUUCUG